CCUACCUACUGUACAGCAAGAGCAAGAGCAUCAUCAUCAUCAUCAGCACGUCUUGUUUACAUGUGCCGCCUGCUGACCCGCCUUCUGACCUGCUUGCUGACCUGCUGACCUGCCCACACGCCUGUAAUGGAGUCAGAGGAUGAUGGGCGGUCCAGCCCUUCCGCCGCCCAGGACUCCGACAAUGAAUCCAUGAAGUCCGUGGCCUCGGCAGCUUCCGCCAUGUCUGCUGCCUCCAAGACCUCGCGCGCCUCCUCCCGCCAGUCCCGCACCUCCUCCAGGGCCUCCCGAGCCUCCCGCACCUCCAGGCGGUCCAGCGUCAGCAGCGCCGCCAACGCUAGUGACGACGAGGCCGGGCGGAGGUCAGGCGCGGGCAGUGACAGUGAAGUGGAGGAACGGCGCUCAGUGAUGGACAGUGACGAGGAGAACGACGGAGGGAAGAGGGAGGAGGAGGACGACGAGGGGAAGGGGAGUGGCGGCCCCCCCUCCUCCCCUGGCAUAGACCCCCCCUCCUCACCCCCAGUGGACCCCCCCUCCUCCCCCGCCCCAAUGGAGGAAGGCGACGAGGGGAAGAAGGUUGCCAGUGAGGUUUUCGGGGCAUCAGACUCAGAGGGGGAGGGGGGGGCCAAGGCAGGGGGGGGUAGCCCUAGGUCAUCCCCCCCGGCCUCCCCCGCCCAAAGCCCCGCCAGGUCGAAAUCCGGGUCACGUUCAAGGUCGCGCUCGAAAUCCGGGUCGAGGUCAAAGUCUGGGUCCCGUUCAAGGUCACGCUCAAAAUCCGGGUCAAGGUCGCGGUCGAGGUCAAAGUCCGGAUCAAGGUCAAGAUCGAGGUCAAAAUCUGGCUCGCGUUCCAGGUCAAGAUCUAAGUCCGGGUCACGCUCACGGUCAAGAUCAAAAUCCGGGUCAAGAUCGCGUUCUAGGUCAAAGUCCGGGUCAAGGUCAAGAUCCAGGUCAAAAUCAGGCUCAAGGUCGAAAUCAGGUUCAAGGUCAAGAUCCAGGUCAAAAUCAAGGUCGAGGUCGAGGUCAAAAUCUGGGUCACGAUCAAGGUCAAGAUCAGGUUCGCGGUCUGGAUCAGGGAGUUCAAGGUCGAGGUCAAGAUCGAAAUCAAGGUCAAGGUCCAAGUCUGGGUCAAGGUCAAGGUCGGGGAGCCGCUCUGGUGCCUCGAGGAGUGGGUCAGGAAGCCCAGCCAGAUCCAGAGGUGCCAUCAGCAGGUCAAGGUCAAGAUCCAGGUCAAAGUCUGGGUCACGGUCUGGGUCUGGGUCGAGGGGCGGGUCACCGAACAAGCGCAAGGUGCUCUCGGACUCGGGCGGCUCGGACUCGGAUGUCGUUAGCCGCAAGAAGGUCAAGAGGAAGAAGCGCGUUAGUGUCAGUGGCAGCGGCAGUGGGUCAGGGCGCGUGAGUGACUCCGAGGAUGAAGCACCGCGUCACAAGAAGCCGCCAGGGAAGAGGAAGAAGAAGGCCAUGCUGAGUGGGAGUGACAGCGACAGCGGCCCAGAGCGCGCCAAGAACCGUAAGGGCAGCGGGGCGGAGUCUGAGGCCGAGGCACCGCCGCCAGGGAGCCCCACACCAGGGACGGCAGGGGACGAGGCAGGCGGCGAGGGGGAGAACAAGGCCCUCCCGCAGCUCUCCGACAGCGACGACGAGGCCAUCCGCCAGCAGGCCCAGAACCGCGAUGAGUCUUACUACGUCAACGACUUCGACAUGAUGAUGGCAAAGAAGAAGGAGGAAGGCGGCAAGAUGAGGCGUCGCAAGAACAACGUAGACAUCAUCAACGACAACGAGGAGCACAUCGCCAUCAUCGUCAAAAAGAUGCGUCAAGCUGCAGAGGACGACCGGAUGUUGAACGAGAAGCAGCAGCCGGCCACCAAAAAGAUCGCCAUGCUGGAACUCGCUAUGAGCCAGAUUAACAAGCACAACCUCAUCGAAGGCUUCCUGGACGCCAACAUCCUCUCCGCCCUCACCGACUGGCUCGCCCCCAUGCCCGAUCGCUCCCUGCCGGCCGCCAAGAUCAGGGAGGCCGUCAUUAAGUGGCUGAUUGAGCUGCCGCCGCUCUCCCAGGACAUGCUGAAAACCUCAGGCAUCGGCAAGGCUAUCAUGUACCUCUACAAACACCCCAAGGAACUGAAGAUGAACAAGGACCGCUGUGGACGUCUGAUCUCCAUGUGGUCACGGCCGAUCUUCAACGUGUCCGACGACUUUAAGAGCCUGAGUCGCGAGGAGAGGCUUCAGCGGGACCUUGAGCUUCACCAGACUUCAGGAAUCACCAGGAAGGAGGACAUGCAGUUUGACGAGUCCGGGAAGCCGCUGAGACCAGGUGACCCUGGGUGGUGCUACCGAGCGCGUGUCCCACUUCCCUCGGUCAAGGAUUACGUGAAUCGACCCAAGUGGCAGAGUGAGGUUGACCUGAGCAGGGGGUCGAAGAAGGAGAUGAGUCGGCUGGAAAAGCAGAUGCGCAUGUUCCAGGAGAAGAAGCGCAUGUCCAAGGCCAGGCGAGCCGUGACCAUCAGCAUUGAGGGGCGGAACAUGGCCCUCUAGUGUCCCCAUGCCUAUUGCCCCCCCUUUCCCUAUGUCCCUUACUCUUGGCCUCUCCCAUGUCCCUUCCCUUGGCCCAUCUCCCCUCUCCCAUGUCCCUUCUACCUUCCUCUCCCUAUGCCCCUUCCCCUUGGCCUAUCUUCCCUCUCCCUAUGCCCUUUACCCCAUCUCCUCUCUCCCUCUCCCUUUCCCCUUCUCCCAUGUCCCUUUACCUCCCUCUUCCUAUGUCCCUCACUCACUCUCCUCUCAAUUUUCAAACACACUCACAUACACACACUUAUAUUUUCAUUUCUAGUUUGUUCAGAUAUAGAGAGACAGAGUGUUGGCAACCACACACACACACCAGACAGAGAGGGUCGGCACUCACACACAAGACAGAGAGGGUUGGCACUCACACGAACACACCAGACAGAGAGGGUUGGCACUCACACACAAGACAGAGAGGGUUGGCACUCACACGAACACACCAGACAGAGAGGGUUGGCACUCACACACACACACACGCACACACAUUUACACAUCAGGUUCCCCAUUAUUAUUAUUACUCUUAUUGGUAUUAUUAUAGUUAUUCUUCUGUAUUAAUUGUAAGUGACUUGUAUCUUUUCCUUCCUUGUAAGAUUUUUUUUUUUUUAGUAUAGGACAAUUCUGUUUAAUUAUGUCACUUUUUGCCCUUUUCCUCUUCAGAUAUUUACUUGAAGUGUGUGUGAUUUGCUUCCCUUUGCUAAAUAUUCUAAGCUUAAAAAAACCUGACAUUUGCAAUUUUUUCUUGGGCACGUUUUUUCCUUUCCUGGGCACGUUUUUUCCUUUCCUCCCUUGAUUGUAAUUAGUUUUUUCCCCGGACAUUUUUUCACCAGCUUCUAUUUCUUCCCUUGCGACAUUUACCAGCCUGUAUUCUAUGGGCUGUAUUACUAGUCGAAUCCAAGAAGUUUCGGGUCCCUAGAGAGGUCAGCGUAAGGGCCGUGCUACAAGUCCAAUCCAAGAAGUUUCGGGUCCCUAGAGAGGUUAGCGUAAGGGCCAUGCUACAAGUCCAAUCCAAGAAGUUUCGGGUCCCUAGAGAGGUCAGCGUAAGGGCCAUGCUACAAGUCCAAUCCAAGAAGUUUCGGGUCCCUAGAGAGGUCAGCGUAAGGGCCGUGCUACAAGUCCAAUCCAAGAAGUUUCGUGUCCUUACAGCGUUCGGGAUGAAGAACUCCGUUGGGACCCGACACUUCUCGGAUUCAACUUUUAAUACGGACCCGAAACUUCUCCGAUUCGACUUUUAAAACGGCCCUACAUGUAUUUACCUACCUAUUUAUUAUUAUUUUCAUGUGUGUUAUUACCUGCAUGUAACUAUAUCUCUUAUUGAUUCUCGCCCUAAGAGUGACAGAUAUCUCUAAGGCUGUAUAGAUAUUUCCUUUUAGAGUUAUAGAAGCGUUCCAGAUUUGACUCUGCCGUUGUCAGGUGCAAGAUUAGUUUUCCCUCAUUAUUAUUAUUAUUAGAGAGUGUUCCUGUUUGAAGCAUACCCAAGAGUUUCUAUUAUCAUUAUUAUUACCAGUUGUAACAGAUAUAAUGAAGGUCUGUUGGCUAUUAUUAUCUGAAGCUGAAAAUUGGACAAAAAAUGAGUGUGGUUGUCCUCUUUUCUUCCCUGUUCCCAUCUUCCUUUUCUCUAUGUUCUUUCUCUUUUUUCAUUUUCAAUCGUAACUUUCCUUCUUUUUCCUCUCUUCAUCUGUGGUGCUCCUUCUCUCUUUCCUUCUUUUCGUCUCAUUCUAUUCUUUUCUGUCGGACUUUUCUUUUGCUCUCUGGGAACCCACACGACCAGAGGCAGACAGACCACGGAGGGAGAAAAAAGAAAACUCAAUUGAAUGUAUUGUUUUAAUGGGAGACUGAAGUGUUGGAGGUUACAGGCCUUGACUCUGUAUGAUAUGGUAAUGUGUUGUGUUAGAGAGAGAGAGAGAGAGAGAGAGAGAGAAUGAAUGAAUUGGAAGCUAUUUGGUGUGUAGGUUAAGAGAGCAAUGUAUGUAUGUAUAGGACUAUGUGUGUAUUAUUAUUAUUAUUAUUAUUAUCAUCAUUAUUAUUAUUGUGAAUGGGUGUUGGUAUGUGUGGUGACUCUUUAUUCAUUUAUUUAUUAUUAUCAUUGUUAGUUUUAAGAAUUGGGUUGAUUGUGUGCACUGUAGUAAUUAAUGAUGAUUAUUACUACUACUACUACUACUACUACUACUACUACUACUACUACUACUACUACCUAUUUUUUUCAAUGGCCCCAGCCUCGCCAAUGCCUGUGUCUAACAACCGACUUUAUUUACUAUUACAAACAUUAUUAUACAUACUGUUCUUUAGCUAACUACUACUACUAUUACUACUACUACUACUACUGCUGCUACUUUUAGUUGUUACGAUGCACAAAUGUACUGAGUUUCCUUUGAUAUAAUUUUUCUGGUACUUUGUCUAUCCGCAAGCAGAAAGACGGAAAUGGAAAGGAGGUUAAGGUGUCUAGAUAUAGAUUGAUGGAUUGAUUGAUUGAUUGGUUGUGGAGGUUAAGGUGUUUAGAUAAAUAGAUUGAUGGAUUGAUUGAUUGACGAGUUGGUUGUGAAUCGGUCAAUACUCACACACACUUAAUUCUGUAUAAAAAUAAAGGAGAAAAAUGAAGUUCGUAUGUGCAUUAAUUUGACAGGAGGCAUGUAGUACACUUAUGUUGCUUUAUAUACCAAAAAAAUACAUAGAAAAAAAUAUGUAGAUUGUUUUUACACACACAAAGCACACUCUAUAUAAAAAAAAUCAAGGUUGCAUAUGUAUAGCUCUAACAUUCACAGCCAAACACACAACACACGAUAGCCACCCUCUAGCUCUAACAUUGACAGCCAAACACACUACACACGAUAGCCACCCUCUAGCUCUAACAUUCACAGCCAAACACACAACACACGAUAGCCACCCUCUAGCUCUAACAUUCACAGCCAAACACACAACACACGAUAGCCACCCUCUAGCUCUAAUAUUCACAGCCAAACACACAACACACGAUAGCCACCCUCUAGCUCUAACAUUCACAGCCAAACACAUAACACACGAUAGCCACCCUCUAGCUCUAAUAUUCACAGCCAAACACACAACACACGAUAGCCACCCUCUGUAGUGAAGGAGGUAAUGAAUGGACAGUGUUUGGUGUGGUGCUGUCCUCUGUAACCCGGUAGCUGCGGGGAUCAUGUUUCUUAAAGGCCCCUCUAAGCGAGAAAAAUGAGAAAAAAAUCAUCACUCAAGCAAACGGUUUCAUAAUAUUUAUCAAUGCAUUUGUGAUCAGUUUAUGCAUCAUCUAUUUUUUUGGGGUUUAUAUCAUGGCAAAAAUUUGGCCCAUCGCUGCUACCGGGUUGAGGCCUCGUCCACAUUAUUGGGCAGUAAAGUCCCUCAAGG